AGUAAUAUUCCGUAAUUGUCAAUAGAAAAUUAUAGUGACAACUCGUUUUCGAUUUCACAAAAAAAUCGAAUAAAAUGGCAGAAAACUCGGAGUUCGUGUUGGUUAAUGACCUGCAGUCCUGCUUCAACGAUCUGAAGAAACAUUCUGUAUCUUUUAAACUCGGACAAGCGCAACCAACUGUGGGCGACGAAAUGCACAAUCCCUUGCACCAGCAAUUUGAAUUGAUUUUGACCAAAAUUGAGGAAACACUUGCAAAGCAACACAAAGACUCCGAAGAAUACUUAAAAGUCAUAUCAAUGAAAGCGUCAAUUAUAUAUGAAAAAGCGAAAAUUCUCCUAUCCGAAAACCUCCUGACCCCCAGUAAGACUCUAUUAGAAGAAUCCCUGGAGUUGAUAAAGGAUUUUUCCGACCAUCCUAAAGUAGCCUUUCUUCAUAUGCGCGUUGUGAAUCAUCUGACUUAUGUUUUGUCCCGGCUGGGUUUCCUUCAAGAAGCUAAAGAACUGCUCUUAAGGGCAAUUGAAGAGGAGACAAAGUGCAGUCCUGAAGUCUUCAGUACAGAUGACCUCUUUCUCAACACCAAGAAGGAUCCGAAGGUAUCAGUAACUAAACUCAAUAGACUCACCAUCAACAAUAUGCAAAUGUUGGCCUGGAUUCAUGCCAGAUUAGGGGAAACCGAAGACAAUUUAAAAGUGCAACAUGAUAUUUUGCAAAAACAGUUGGAUUCUUGUGAGGGAGAUGUUCUCAGAUGGGCGGAAUCCUGCUUCAGAUUAGGAGGGAUGUUUAUUGGUCAAUGCGAUUGGCCAAACGCAAUGUACCACCUAAUAGCAGCGGAAAGCAUUUUAAACCCACUUGAAGUAGCCCUAAUCCCCAAUCCGGAAAUUCAUGUGGCUCAGGCAGACUUGGCCCGCUCUUGGAUAUAUUAUGGACUGCAGCUCUUUGAAUCAAGCCGAAAGUCGCUGAUUUCCAAACACAUUGAGAGCGAUGGUAUUGAGAGCGAAGUUCUAAAGAAAAACUCCGGAAGUUCGGAAAGUUCUAGCCCGAAGAAUCCGUACCAUUUCCAAGGGCUUGAAAUAGAGCUGCCCAAAGCAAUUCCUACUGGUCUGAUUAAAAAUUGUGACCAAGCCAAGGGCCUUUUUGCGUAUUUGCAAAAAUGGAUGAAAAGAGUCAGACUUUACUAUACUUUGCGCGAUUUUCCAUUGCAGUAUGUUAAUUCGUGUCUGGAUUUAAGCGAGUUGUAUAGAUUUGUGGCCUUUUAUGAAGAAGACAUAGAAUCGCAAUAUGCAGUUCAAAAGCGACGGUACGAUGCUCUGGAGACUUUGAGCAACAUCUUAAGAGAAGUGAGACCGAGCUGUUACUUGGCUGUUAGCGUGGAACUCACGAAAGAGCUUAUUGAAGUUCAAAUUGAAAUGAUUAAUCUUAAUUUGAAGAAGCUUCAUAGGCCGACCCAAGGCGUGUUUCAACCAUUUCAUAAUAGUAUUGAAUUAAUUCGGUACUUCAUAGGGCCAAACUUUGAGGCCAAAGAAGAUGUAUUAAAGAAGCAAAUGUAUGCUUUGUCUGCUAUCCACGGCAAGUUAAAUGAUGUUGCGUUGUCUCUGAAUACCAGCACUGAGCCUUCUUCAGUUAAAGAUAGUGAAGAGGCUGGUUCUUCUGGGCCAGAAGCCAACGAGGAAAAAACUGAGAAAAUUGAAGAUAAUCAGCCAGAAGAUGAAACUGAAGAAAUCAAGAAAGAAUGAAUCUAUUUUUGUUACACUAAAUGCAAUGUAUAAUUUUGAAUCAAUAAAGGAAAUUCUAGCCCUU